AAAACACCCAUCGCCGCCGGUCACCGCCCAAGCCCAGCCACGCGCAGCCGAACGCUACCAGGAACAGCCGCGCAAACCCGAGCCCAGUCCUCGACGCCCAGCGACACCUACCGUGUGCUCCCAGCGCCCAGCAACCGUCCGCGAGCUCCCAGCACCGCCUGCCUGCUCGCCGAUCGCUCCAGCUGCCAGUCGUCCUGCCCGCGAGAUCCCAGCGCCCGUCCGCGACGCGCCUGCUAUUCAUCGGACGCCCAGGAGAGCCGCAGCACACGCCCGCGUGAUCCCAGACGCCAGUGCCUA